AUGGCGUACAACAGACCCUACAACCCCGACGAACUUCCAAGGUUUGCGGAACCCGAGCAGAAGGGCGGUGCUGCACCGAAGCCUUCCCAACUGCCUGCAUCCCAACCCCGUUACGAGAGCAAGCCUCCUCCGCCAGUCCCCCGUGACGACUACUACCGUCCCGACCCUCGCAACGACCACCGGCAGAACCCCAACGCCAUGUACGGCGUCAGCUCUCCUCCCCCUACGGGCGGCCCGCGCCCGACCGCCCACCACCGCCCUCCUCCCAACUCGAGACCGCCCCCGUCUCCUGCCCCCGAAGCCUCUGCCGACGGCUCUGACCCUACCCUAUUGCCUCUCUUCAGAGCUGUCGAUAAGGAUGGUACUGGUCAGCUUUCCGAGCGCGAACUGUCGACCGCCCUCGUCAACGGUGACUGGACCGCUUUCGACCAGCAGACAGUGCGCAUGAUGAUCCGUAUGUUCGACUCGGAUCGUAGCGGUACCAUCGGUUUCGCCGAGUUCUGCGGUCUCUGGUCCUUCCUCGCCUCGUGGCGUACUCUCUUCGACCGCUUCGACGCUGACCGCUCUGGCAACAUCUCGCUCCCCGAGUUCAGCAACGCCCUGGUCGCCUUUCGCUACCGCCUGAGCCCUGGCUUCGUCGAGCUCCUCUUCCGCACGUACGACAAGCGCGGCGAGGGCGUCAUGUCCUUUGACCUCUUUGUCCAGGCCUGCAUCUCACUCAAGCGCAUGACGGAUGUGUUCAAGAAGUAUGACGACGAUAGGGACGGUUACAUCACCCUUAGCUUUGAGGACUUCCUGACAGAGAUUCUCAAGCAGCUCAAGUAG